AUGGGCAUCCUCAGCCCCAACAUGCCUGCCGCCGACCCCGAUCCGACACAGGUUGUAGAUGGCCUGGUGGGUGCGAUACGGAAUCUGGCAUCCGACAACAACUACAAAAUCGUCGCCGACCUCUUCAACGAAGCUCUGUCCUUGAAGGAGCAGAAUGCCAGGCUGUCACUCUCACACCGCGAGCUCCUCGAGCAGUAUCGGGAGUUCCGAAACGAGCUCGACUCCAGUGAGGCCAAGCUCAAGGCGGAGAAGGCCGCACUUGAGUCGAUAGUUGUUGAGAAGACCAGGGCGUUGACAGACCUUGAGGAAGUGAAGAGUCAACUCGACGCCGAAGUAUCCGAUAAGAACACCAAGUUGGAGGAGAGGGAGAGAGCCUUUGCCGAUCUCGAAGCAGCCAAGUCAAAGGUAGAUGCAGAGCUAGGCGACACGACGACCAAACUAGAUGAGAAGACGAAGGAUUUAGCGGACCUUGAAGAGGUCAAGUCCAAGCUUGGUGCAGAUCUCUCUGAGGCCAAUGCCACCUUAGAGGCAAAGGUGAAGGAGUUAACAGACCUGGCAGAGGCGAAAACUGCUCUUGAAGGGGAGCUUUCAGAUGCUAAGUCAAGUCUCGAAGAGAAGGAAAAGUCUCUAGCAGAGCUCAGUGAGGCAAAGAUGGCCGUGGAGGGUGAGCUUGCCGAGGUCAGAUCCAGCCUGGAAGAGAAAGACAAGUCGAUCUCGGAACUCGAGGAAGACAAGACCAAGCUCCAGGGUGACCUUAACGACACCAAUGCAAAACUAGAAGCAAAGGAGAAUGAGCUCGCAGAUUUUACUGAAGCAAAGUCCAAAGUCGAUGCUGAACUCGCGGAUACAAAGGCGAAGCUGGAGGAAGAAGCCAAUCUCAAAGCAGCGGUCGAGACUGAGCUCAGUGAGACGAAGACGUUGUUGAACGAGGAAAGGACCAAGUGCGAAGGGUUAGACCAGGAGAUUUCGUCGCUUCGUCAGACCAUACAGGACAGAGAUGCUGAGAUCGAAAGGUUGCAGGGAGAGGUGGCACGCAUGCAGGAUGAGAUUAACAACGCCAACUCAUCUCUUGAGAAUCUCAGACAAGACCUCACCAGCAUACAACAAGAAAUGCAGAUCAAGAGCGUCAGACUCGCGGAGCUAGAGCGCUAUAGCAUACAACUGAAGAACGAACCUGAAGACAAGUAUGUCAAGAUAUUAGAUACGAUAUGGACCUCGAUUCUCAACCUCGCCGAGUCGACGUUCAGCCAAGAUCUCGAACCGAAGGUUCUUAGCGAUGCUUCAUGCUGGACCAAUCUCCGGACUUGCGAGUACCUCAAGCAUGCUAUGCAACUUCCCCUGCCGCAAUCCAACACACCCGCUGCCAAACAAAUGCGUGUUGCAGCUAUAAUCGCCGUUAUGUCUCGGGCUCUUAACAAGUACAUUUUCCGCCCGACAUACCUCCUUGAUGACGAUGCCCAACUUACACAGCUGCUUCGUGAUCUCGAGGACGAUAACCCAGCGCAGGAACUGCACUGCCGCUCCACCCUCCUCGCCAUCCUCCCGGAGAAAGAGAAGAUGAAUGCCAUCAAGCGAGUGCAGACAGUUGUUAGGGAGGUAUCAUGGAUCGUACAACAUCUUCUCAGCGCUCUGCAAUAUGAGUCAUUCCAUGCAGCACUUGAAGCAUCAUGCAAGCUUGCCUGCACCCAGUGGAGGAAGAUUCAGGAGGCACAGAUGAAGAUCGAGCCAUACUUCGGCCCACCUUACGACGAUUACGACUGGCAGGUGCUUCCCCUGCCCGAAUUCGAGGAUAGCUCCCCCAUCAGCUCUGACUCCGAUACCGCCGUCGACCCUCAUGAGCAGCAUGCCGAUGCUGUCGUGGACGAUGAUGACGGUGAUGAUGAGGGAGACGACGCCGACUCUGACGAGGAGGUCGAACCUGAUGCCAUCAUGUUUGUCGUCUGGCCGACUAUGUGUGCCGUCGAGGGCGGCGCGCUCAACUCUAUCACUCAAGGGCUCGUCAUCUCUAAGGAGCAGUCUCGUCCUGCGCUCGAGGAAGUGCGCUCUCGCCGUGCCCCGCGCCCGGCCCAGAAGCGCGCAAGAUACAUGUCGAUGUCAAUGCGCUCGCACGGCGCGAGUGGAAGUCCGAAGCCAAACAAGGCUUUUUUGUAUCCCGACUCCGGGGAGGGGGACGGAGGUGGGUUGAAAGAUUCGAGCGAUGGCUCAGCAGCAGUCGCGAUUGAGUGUCACUAG